AUGGACAAUAUGAUAACUAAUGCCCUUGGGUUUAAUACGCCGAUUUAUGUGCCAAAUGAUGUCGACGACCCUGCUGAUGAUGAAUAUGACGCUGAUGUUAACGUCGAGAGACCAAAUGAGGAAGCCCAGCGAUUUUUUGAUCUUUUGAAAGAGACAAAUACACCGUUGUGUGAAGGCUCUCGAGACUCAAAGUUAACGGUGUGUAUUAGACUUUUGGGUAUCAAGUCUGAAUGUCUUGUUUCAGAAUACACCAUGGACUUGAUAACAAAACUGAUGUUGGAUAUAACAAUAGACCGUCCUCUUGAUUUGCCAAAAAAUUAUUACGAAGCAAGACAAUUGGUUGCAAAGUUAGGACUCGGAGCGAAGAGAAUUGACUGUUGUGUUAACGGGUGUAUGUUGUACUAUAGCAACGAAUUUGGUGUAGAUGACGGUGCAUUACUUGAAUGUAAAUUUUGUCAAGAACCAAGAUAUCGUGUAACAAGAAAUUCACGGUCAGUCAGAAGGAAGCCAAUCCCAAGAAAGGCGAUGUUCUAUUUACCCAUAAUACCAAGGUUGCAAAGGUUGUAUGCAUCGAUGCAAACAACCAGUAAAAUGACAUGGCAUCGUGAAAACUAUGAAAGUAGAAAAAUGUCAGGUGAGUUGCGACAUCCUUCUGAUGGAAUGGCUUGGAAGCAUUUUGAUCAAGUUUAUCCUGAAUUUGCUUCGGAGCCACGGAAUGUCCGACUUGGGUUAUGCUCAGAUGGAUUUACACCAUAUACUCAAGUAUCAGCCACUCCAUAUUCAUGUUGGCCUGUUCUGGUUACCCCGUACAAUCUUCCUCCUGAUAUGUGCAUGUCAAAACCUUACAUGUUUUUAGCCGCUGUAAUACCAGGCCCAUCUAGUCCAACUGUUGGUAUUGAUAUCUAUUUACAACCUUUGAUUGAUGAUUUGAAGAGAUUGUGGAACGGUGUUGCGACGUAUGAUAUCAACCAAAAACGAAAUUUCAAUAUGAGAGGAGCUUUGAUGUGGACCAUUAAUGAUUUUCCUGCAUAUGGGAUGUUGUCUGGAUGGGGGACACAUGGUAAACUAGGAUGUCCUAUUUGCAUGAUGGACACCAAAGCGUUUUGGUUAGAAAACGGUGGGAAGGCUACUUGGUUUGACUGUCAUCGUCGGUUCUUGCCUACUGAUCAUCCGUUUAGAAGAAAUAAAAAUGCUUUUGUUCAUGGUGACACCGAGACUCGUGAUCCACCAGAUUAUUUGACAUCCCGACAAGUCUGGAACAAAGUGAAAGAUAUUCCAAAGGUUGAGGUUGUAGGUGGUGUUGCAUCUAAACCGCGUGGUUAUGGACAAACACACAACUGGACAAAAAGAAGUAUCUUUUGGGAUCUGCCGUAUUGGAAAGACAACCUUUUACGUCACAACCUUGAUGUUAUGCAUAUUGAGAAAAAUGUGUUUGAAAAUAUUUUUAACACUGUCAUGAAUGUCAAAGGAAAAACGAAAGAUAAUGACAACGCGAGGAGAGACAUAGGGUUGUAUUGCAAACGUAACGAACUGUUGUUGGUGGAGACAUCUAACGGCAAACUUCUUAAACCUCGUGCAAACUAUACUUUAUCUCCUGAAGAAGCAAAAUCUGUUUGUCGAUGGGUAAAAGAAGUGAAGAUGCCGGACGGUUAUUCGUCGAAUUUGGCGAGAUGCGCUGAUGUUGACCAUGGAAGGAUGCGUGGGAUGAAAAGUCAUGAUUGUCAUGUUUUUUUCCAGACUUUACUUCCGAUUGCAUUUAGUUCUUUACCCCAACAUGUAUUGAAUCCGCUUAUUGAAAUCAGUCAAUUUUUCAAGAAUUUGUGUUCGACAACGCUAAGAGAGGCUGAUCUCAUCAAGAUGGAAAAUGACAUUCCACUGAUCUUGUGUAAGUUGGAGAGAAUAUUUCCUCCUGCCUUGUUUGAUUCUAUGGAGCAUGUUGUGGUGCAUCUUGCAUACGAGGCUAGGCUUGGUGGGCCGGUUCAAUAUAGAUGGAUGUACCCGUUCGAAAGGUUCAUGGGUUAUGCAAAACGUGCCGUGAAAAACAAAGCUAGGGUCGAAGGCUCAAUUUGUGCAACAUACUUACACCGCGAAACAAUUUACUUUUGUUCGCAUUACUUCAAAGACACGUUGUCAUCAAGCCAUAUUCGCAAUGAAACUGAAACAUCUCGGCCUGUGAGAAUUCACCCAUUAAACAUGUCAAUAUUCAGCUUGCCUGGUCGUAAUGGUGGUGGUGAGAAAGUGUUGUAUCCUGGUGACAAAGUUCUCUAUUCGGCGCAUGUUCACUUGCUGAUUAAUUGCAAUGAAGUCGAGCCAUAUUUACAGAUGUUUUUAACACAACAUACUUCUGCUCAAAUCAAUUCGCAAUUUCCAGCAUGGUUCAAAGAAUACAUGUACCAACAAACACCCGCAACUCGUGUCAUACAACACUUGAGAAACUUAUCUGAUGGCCCAAAGUCAACCGUUAAACAAUGGCACACCUACUUUGUCAAUGGUUACAGAUUUGAGACACACAGUUGGAGUGAAGGAAAAACAACAGUAAACAGUGGAGUGUGUAUGAAAGGUGUGACUGAAAAUGGUGAAGGAGAUUUUUACGGUGUCAUUGAGAACAUAUUUGAAAUCGAAUACAAUUACCUUGAUUACAAGAAAACAGUCGUGUUGUUUUACUGUAAAUGGUUUGAUCCUUCAAAUAGAGGUACCAGAUAUGAUUCAAAGACUAAUACCGUGGACAUAAAAAUGAACAAACAUUAUCCAUUGUAUGAUCCGUUUGCUAUGGCUCAUAACGUCAGACAAGUUCACUAUGUCCCUUAUCCAUCGACUACAAGGGAUAAGCGAGGUUGGUGUGCCGCAAUAACAUCAAAACCAAGGGGUCUGAUUGAAAAAAAUGAGAUAGAUGAACGUGAAGAUGAACCAUAUCAGGAAGAUGAGAUGUCCAAUGUUGAUGAUGUCAUUGCAGUUGAAACUUUUAAUCAACUUUGUGUACAAGAAGAAGCCGAAGAAGUACCUUCUGAUGGUGAUGUUGAUGAAGAGGACGUCGAAGCUAAUGGUGAUAAUGAAGGCAAAAAUUUUGAUGAUGACAAUGUCGAUGAUGACAUUGAUGAUAUUCCACCAGCACCGGGUGUCGGACGCGGACGCGGACGCGCUCCACGUAGACGUGCUUUACCCCGCCGCGUUGUUCGGAAUCGAUGGUUGGAGGGUAUGCCCAAGUCUCGAACCGUAGACGGUGUGGAAGAGGAGUACGACUCCUACGACGACGAUGAUGACCACGAGGACGAGGAAAUAGCCGAUAUUGCACUUUUAGCUCCUCAAAAUGAAUUGUUGAUUGACCGGCAUGGUAGACCCAUCAUCAUGCCAUAUACCGCCACAAAUUUGCAACCCCAAAAUCCGGCGAAUAAGGCAAUCAAUAAUGCAUUGAAAUCCAAAUUCCAGGCUCCAUAUCUCAACUGGACGGAGGUCAGGGCAGAUGAGCGUGGAUAUCAACAAUUUUGGAAUGGCUUCAGGUCGCAAGUAACUUGGCUGAAUCACCACACAGCGGCUAUUGAGCGUAUAUUCAACAAAAAAGCCACCAAGCGUCUGUCGACCUUACUUUUUGAAGCGCGGAAAAAGAUUAAAAAGGAUCCUUCAAAACCACCACUUUGGCUCGCUGGCAAUUCAUACCCUAUGCUCUGCCGCAGAUGGGAAGAGGAAGAGUAUAUUGCAAAGUGUAUAAAGAACAAAGCCAACAGAAAUACUGAUGAAGCCAAUCGUGCGUGCGUACACUCUGGAGGGUCUAAAUCUGCCGGAACGCUUCGUCUUGAGUUCAUCCAACAAUUUGGUCGUCCACCCACCUUUAUGGAGAUGAAUGACAUGAUGCACCGGUAUGCAGAUUCCGGUGAGUGGACGGGGGCAAGGGCGCAAGAAGUGUCGAGGUUGACGCAAAUUUGGGUUGAAGAAUAUAAUGCAAGCCAACUACGACUACCACCUCAUAGGCGAGAUAAUGAGGAUGUUCGUCGAAACAAGAUGUCGUUGGCUUUUGUUAAGAAUGCUGGUGGUGCGACUCGAGGUCGCAAAUUCGCUGCUGGGUGUACAUCUUCUCUAUAUGCAAGUGACCCAACUGGUUUGAGAGAUGUCACUUACACAUCUUCAUCUUCAUCGAGUACAGGACGCUCUCGUCCAACUCAAAGAGAGGAAACCGAUGAUGAGUAUGAAGCGCGAAUGAGGGCCACGUAUAGAGAAGAAUUCCGCGAUGAGUUCGAAGCAUCAUUUGAUGACCGGGUGGACGUACGGGUCCAACAUAUAUUGCAGGAAUUCUUUUCACAGCAGAGGGCGCCGGCGCCGGCGGGGGGAGGGGUUGGAUCAUCAUCUCAGGCUUCGGCACGACAAAAUCAAAAUGCCGGUGAACAAGAAUAUCGACCGGAUUUGAGUAGCAUGGUUAAUUUGAAUCAGCUGCCGGAGUACCGAGAGGGUGAUCCAGUACUGAGUAUGAGCAUAGAGGAUAUGAGUCAGAUGCUUAAUGAACCAGUUCAUUUACAAUUUUUUGAUCCUACUGGGCAAACAAGUGGAAGCAGUAGUGACGGAAGCGGUAGAAAUAAUCAACAAACUGCUUUCACCGAAUACCAGAGAUCAUUAAAUCCACAACAAGACUUCAUAAUCCCACAUCCAAAUCAACCCCAAGGCAACUUCUUCCCAAAUCAAGCCCCAAUUAACUUCGUUCAUAGGCCUGUGGCACGACCUCCUUUGCGAACGUCACUCCCCGGAGUCAUAAUACACGAGGAAGGUAGAGGCCGAGGCCGAGGCCGAGGAAGGUCGCGUCAGCCAACAGACACUGGCAAGGGGAAGCGACCACUAUAUCAGCCGCCUGACCAACGUUGAUGUGUAAUUUUAAUAAUCUGUUGUUGAUUAUUAUUUGUUUAAUUGUUUUCUUUUUGUAAUGACAAUAUUAUCAUUAUAUUUAAUUAUGCUUAUGUUAAGUAUUUUUAUUAUG